AUGACACAAUUACCAAGCCUUGUGCUUCAAUACACUAAAUUUAAUUAUUGUGUCGGCACCCCUGUAUUAUUGUUCAAAUGUAAAGGCGAUGAAUUCCCAAAAAUAAUUGUUAUGGCCUUAACAAUUUUCACUUCUUUCUUAUUUAUGCAUCUUGCUAUCAGAAUUAUGCGCAUUAACGGCUUUGCAUUAAAAAACUUAUCAAUACCUAGUGUAAGAUUUUGUCUUAUUAAUGUUGUUAGAUUCGUAGUUAUGUACCUUUACAAUGAAGAAUUCGUAAUUGGUUAUAAUAUUCAAUCCAGAUCUCAGUUACACAAAUUAAGUAUUUAUAUUAGUGAUUUUCUCGUUCAAAGCGCAGUUAUUUUUCUUUUAGAAAUUUCUAGGUAUAUGCAAGUUCUCAGUAUUAAAUACGCCAACAUUUUAACAACAACAAUCAAUAUCCUUUACUACAUAAUCCUUGUUCGAUUUAUUUUCACUAGUAUUUUAGUUAUUAUUCCAUUUUCCAAAACAUCUUCACUUUACACAUUCGUAUUUCGUACAUACGUUCCAUAUUACCAAACCGAGUUUUAUAUCCUAUUCUGCGCCGCUUUAGUUCUAAUGAGCUACACAUUUAUUCUUACCGAUAACGGAAGCUUGUUUUUAGAUGAGAGGAGCUUGGGUUACAUCAAGAUUGGAAUGUUUUUAUUUGUAACUUCGUUCUGGGCAAGGUAUCUUCUUAAUGAAUUUUACCAAAUGGUUUAUUAUGAUCAUAAAGUAGAUCAUAUGUCAAGAAAACAAUUUUUAUAUGCUGAUAUAAUGUUCAAAUUCGCCCUUUAUUGCUUCCUUCCUCUUUGUUAUUACUACAUGUUGUUUUCAUUUAUGAUACCUACUAAGAAGGAAGAUUCCAAUGAUCAUCUUGAUGAAGUAUUAGAGGUUUCCAUUUUUUAA